CCUCGACCCUUCCUUCACUUCACCUCGACUCUUCACUUCACCUCGACUCUUCACAAAUCUCAGAGUCAGAGUCAGUCCAGCUUGUCAGGAUGAAGGCCGACCCGGGCUGACCCGAGCGGCCCGAUCAGGGACCCUCCAGACUAACAGGGUCCUUCCAGCAUAUCUGAUAGAUCAGAGCGCCCCCUGUAGAGCACAUGGUCAGGUCAGUGUUUGAUGUAGUUCAAGAACUCCAGCUCCCAUCAUGCUCCAGUGCAGCUCCCCUAAAAGUCUGCAGUACUUAUAAAUAGAACCUGUCACUGUGUCAUGUGACUGUCAGCAGGGUCAUGUGACCUUGAGGCUAAAAUUAAUCUGCAGAUCAGAGGUCAGAUUUCAGCGCAACAUGGAGAACGAGUGCUGCGCUGCCACAAGGAUGGUUGGAGCGAGGUCACGGCUGCAGCUUAGAGGUCAGAGGUCAUCCUACCUGUCCACCUGUGCACUGUGACAUCACACGGCUGACAGGAAGUGGUCAUCAUGGUGGGUGUGGCAGUGUGCGGCUCGGUGAGCUCGAUCAAAGCUCUGUGGGAGACGAGGAUCCAGAAGAUCCAGAAGGAGGAGGAGGAGGACCAGAGAAGGAGGACCACCAGGAGCAGAGCCACAGGCAGACUGAGCGUCAGGGACUGGGAGGACCGGGCGGUUCUGGCUCGGCUCAAAGAGAAGUUGCAGACUGAAGACGGACGCCUCGUCCUCCGGAUCGAACAGGAGGAGUGGAAGUCUCUGCCGAGCUGUCUGGUCCAAUUCAGUCAGGUCCAGGAGUGGCAGAUUCACCGGACCGGGCUGCAGAAGAUCCCUCACUUCAUCUCCAGCUUUCAGAACCUGUUAGUCCUCGAUCUGUCCCGAAACGCCGUCACUGAGAUCCCCAAACAGAUCGGGAAGCUGACCCGGCUCAAAGAGCUCCUGCUGAGCUACAACAGAGUCCAGUUUGUUCCUGAAGAGCUCAGCUGCUGUGAGAGUCUGGAGAGACUAGAGCUGGCCAUGAACCGAGACCUGGACCAGCUACCAGACCAGCUGAGGAACCUGAAGAGGCUGCAGCACCUGGACCUGUCCAUGAACGACUUCACCUGCAUACCGGACUGUGUGGUCGGCCUGCCAGCGCUCGAGUGGCUCGACAUGGGAGGAAACUGCCUGCAGCACUUACCUGAAGACAUACACAGGAUGGAGAAGCUUCACACUCUGUGGCUGCAGAGGAACCAGCUGGAGAAACUUCCAGACAACAUCAGCAGGAUGGAGAGUCUGGACACGCUCGUCCUCAGCAGCAACAGACUCCGAGACAUCCCGCCGCUGAUGCAGGACAUGUACAGACUCAGGUUUGUGAAUUUUCGGGACAACCCCCUGACUCUGGACGUGACGCUGCCGAGCAGGAAGUCAAAGACCGAGGACGAGGAAGACGAAGACGACAGAGAAAUGUUUGGAAGAGAGUUCAUGCACAUGUAUAUCCAGGAAGCCAGGAAGAGAGCAUACGCCGUGCUCAACGUGCACUGUGCGCACCAGCCGAGCGACGACCCUUCACAUUAAAAUAAUCAGCAUUUCUUCUUCGUGGCUUUAUUUUGUAAAUCAGUGAAGACGACAAGGUUGAUCUUCGUCAUGUGUUUGUCAUCGUUCUGUUUGUGUUUGUGUAGAACACUGAAUAAACGUUUAAA